AUGGAGCUCAAAAUCCAAUAUGGUCAAAACAAACGCAAGCUUUACAAUGAAGAAUGUGAUCGAUUCAUGAUUUGCAUGGUUCAGAAGCUUGGGUAUGGAAACUGGGACGAAUUGAAGGCUGCAUUUAGAACAUCACCUUUGUUCAAAUUUGAUUGGUUUGUUAUGUCACGAACCACUCAAGAGCUUGCAAGGAGAUAUACCAAAGCUUGGGAAGUAGACACAUUGAGAGGUCACAUGAACAAUGUAUCGUGUGUUUUUUUCCAUGCAAGACAAGACAUCAUAGUAUCAAACUUAGAGGACAAAAGCAUACGCCUUCAAAUAUUCCGCUGGGAACACGACAUAUUUUGGAUACUCGGCUGUCAUCCCGACAUGAAUCUCCUAGCAGCUGGCCAUGACAGUAGCAUGAUUGUUUUCAAGCUGGAAAGAGAAUGCCCUGCCUUUUCUGUUAGGAUCCUUCUGCAACACAUUCUGCUGGGGGAUUCUACAACACUACGACAUGUGGGAAUGGCUGAGAAAUCUGCUCCAAGGGCUACUCCUGCUCAUGAGCCAGGGUCAAAAUUUGAUAUCAUUGGAUCAAUUUUAGUAGGCAUUGUUCCUACACUUGUAUUUGUGCAACUGGUGACAACAGUAUUUGCGGGUGCAUUGCUAGAAAAGCAAAUUGUGUUUGUAUGCUCAAAUUUGGUCUUGCAAAAUGACAUGGUGGACUUCUUGGAUGCACCUGUUCCAUUUGCUGUUGGUGUGAAGCACAAAACUGAUGAAGUACAAUCCAAGUUAGCAAAUGUUAUUUUUGCUGAUGCAAACAAGAAUCAGCUGGGGUUAGUAAUUGAUCUUAUAAAUAUGUCUCGUUAUUAUUCUAUGAAUGAUUGGAAGAAAGAAGGCAUCAUGUAUGUUAUGGUUGCCCUCAUGCUUGAAGGGAUGGGUUCAUCAGCACAAAUCUUGAAACGUUACUUAUCAUUGACAAUUAUAAAAUUUGUCCCUGAUUUUUUAGUGCAUGCAUCUUUGCAGGAACUUAAUCAUAUUGUGGAAGAACUUGAAAAUAUUGCUAAAGUGAAUCUCCUUUAA